CCCGUUUGUGGCAAGCACUGCGCAAGAGAGACGGACCCAGGGAGCGUGACAGGGACGUGCAGCUCCCACAGGGGCAGCGCUUGCGUGCAAAGAGCUCAGUGGAACAGCACAGCCCGUGCUGUUUGGGCACACCAGGCAGGGAAGGGUUACAGCUUGUAACACAGGAAGAGCCGCCGCUCUCUGUUCCGGCUGCUUUCAGCAGGGAGCAUCAAACCUGGCUGCUCACACUGGAAUGCUUCCCACCGCUGCCCCAGCACCGCCAGCUACUCACAGCACCAGCAGUUCCCAGCAGCACCCCGCUCACCGCUCCCAGGCCCUCCUGCAGUGUCGGGACAGAGGAACAAGGCCGCUCACACUACAGCCAGCAGGGACAGGCUUGCUCUGGGGCAGAACGGGGCCUUGCAAGGCUCACUGCACGCAAACACCAUGGGUGGGGCCAUGCUUUCCAAGAAAACAUUCCCAGCCCUCCUUGCGUAGUCGGGGUGAAAGAGCAGCAGCAGGUUUGGCAGCGCUGCAUCCGGGCUGUAGGGCCAACUGCUCCCUCUAGAGCUGCAGCACCCAGCUCUGCAGCACCGUGCAGCUGAGCUGCAAGUACAGCCUCCUAGGGCCUCUGCUGUGAGGUCCCUACAGCCUUAACACAGGGUAACUUCAGAAUGCACGCAAAUGAGAGGAUAAUCAGCAGCCCCAACAGCUCAAGCAGCAGAUACCAAAGGAGAGCAAGAACCAAACCCUGAGGGAAACCCAACCUGUACUUACAAACUGGCUGUACUGAAGCCCUCUCCCAGCAGCCUGCAAAAGGAGAAAGGCACCCAGGGGGGUGCUUUUAUAACCCUGCUGCCAGCAUUAGGAGCAAAGCCCUGCACCUGAGCCAAGGCAGCCUGUUGGCAUUUUGCAUGCAUUCAAGGCAAUAAUGCUUAUUUCAAACAGCUGAGCCCAGUAGAGCCCCCUGCUUCUAUCUCUGUUAGUGAUGGGACCACAAGGAAUGGACAAAACAGGGCUUGGAGCCCCAUCUGUGCCAGGGGUAUUUGCAGCACCGUGCAGAAGCUGGUAAUGCUGCACUUACUUUUUGGAGGCAGUGAUUUGCUUUUAAGACCCCCGAGAGGCUUUGGCUCUUGGGAGACUUUCCUUUGUUUAUGUCAUAGAAUCAUUCAGGUUAAAAAAGACAGCUAAGAUCUCCAAGCCCAACCCCAGCCCACCCCACCAUCCCACUGCCCACAGCCGUCAGUGCCACAUCCCCAUGGUUCUGGAACACCUGCAGGGACGGUGACCCCGAUCACCUGCUGCUGAUUUCUGAGUGCUCAUAAUUGUACGGGAUGGGGGAAAUCCCCUCAGGAGCACCGAGGCCGGGUGGGAUGGUGGAGACGUGCGCAGUGAGCAGCACAAAGCCAUCAGUCCCUGAGCAUGACGAGCUCCCAGCGCUAGAAACCAGACCCCGGAUAAUCCCCUCCGGCCCUGAUCCCUGUGGGAAAUAACCCUGGGGCCCCCCAGGGUUGGGCACGGGCCCCCAACCCGAGCACGUCCCCAUAGGUGUAUGGCACUGCUGCUGUGCCGUGCGGACGCACAGCUUCGCUCCCCAGCGCUCUCGAGCAUCCGAGUGGCCAUAAUUCCCCGGAAGGGGAUGGUAAUGAAUCAGCGUCGCCCCGGAACGAAGAAGAGGGGGAGAAAUAUGAGCGUGCCCUGCCUUCCUCUGCCCGUGCCCUGCGUGCUCGCGCUGUGCGGGGCCCCGGAGGGCGAGCGGGAUGCCCUGCGGCAGCUGAAGGCACGGGGGAGCCGGGGGGGAGCCGCGGGGGGAGCCAGGGAGGGGCACUGGGACGGGCAGAGCCCAGCGCUGCUGCGCCCAUGGGGCUGGGGGCCUGGCUGCGCUCGCUUGGCGGCUGCUGCGGCUGCUGCGGCGGGGAGGCGGCAGCCCCUGAGAAGGAGCCGCUGCUCAGCAACAACAACCCGUAUGCUUCCUUUGGGGCCACGCUGGCACGGGAUGAGGAGCAGAACCUGUGGAGCACCCCGCACGACGUGACCCACACAGAGGCAGACGACGACCGGGUGCUGUACAAUAUGAUUGUGGGCCGGAGCCAGCUGGACAAGGACUCCGAGGAAUGGCAAAAGCUCAACUAUGAUAUUUACACCUUACGGCAGACACGGAAAGAAGUGAGAAGCAGGUGGAAGCACAUUUUGGAGGAUUUAGGUUUCCAGAAGGAAGCAGACUCCCUCUUGUCAGUGACCAAACUCAGCACUGUCAGCGACUCUCAGAACAUGAGCAAAGCCCGGGACAUCCUGCUAAAGCUCUCCGAAGAGACAAACAUCUUCCCAACCAGCUGGGAGCUGUCUGAGCGUUACCUCUUUGUGGUGGACCGGCUGAUCGCUCUGGAUGCUGCGGAUGAGUUCUUCAAGCUGGCCAGCGUGGUGUACCCGAAAAGAGGCAGCAUGGAAAGAGUAGAUGAGAAGUACGCCCCUGUCAUGACGCCCUGAGGAGCACGGGGACACUGGGUUUACCUUCCUUUGGGACCGGGCUCCUGUGCCAAGGGGCUGCAGCAUGAGCAGUACUGUUCCCUGUUUCCCUGCCCAGGAGUGGGCUAGUGAUGCCCCACAGGGAAGGCACGGGAAGGGGCUCCCAGCAGAUGGGAGCAAGAACUGCUGUAGAGUAGACCUGGUGGGAGUCCACCAGCUGUGUAGGGUAUGCACAUAGGCACACGGGAACCACUGCACCGGUAGCUGCAAACGAUGUCCCUCAUGACAGCACCACGAGGACAUCCACCCCGCCACCUCCCAUGGGACCUUCGCCUCCCUUAGCCCUCGCAGCCAGGAAGGAAAUAUACCUCGCUCACCUGGAACCUCGUGACGUUUCUCUGUGCAACAGUCCCCUUCUUUGUCCCCAGUGGGUUGGCCCAGCAGCUCAGGACAGGACUGACAUCAGCAUCCUGGCUCUGUUGGGUGCUGGGUCCCCAGCGAUGGGCAUCUGGAAGAACUCAUGUGAAGGGAUGCUCAGCUCAGCACUGUGAACAAAGGUGGAUUUUAGCAAGGCUCCAUGGUUGGACCUGCUGAGAAACAUUCCUCCUGCAGUGCCCUCGGAUUGGUCACACCAACCUCUUCCUUCAUUUCCAAACGUCCGAGUCUUCAUUGCAAUAAUAAAAAGCACCACAAAGUUGGUGGUCCAUGUAUAUGGUCAGUGCUGUUAAUGAAGAUUUUGAAUGAACACCCUUUUGUAUCUUUCUGUUUUGUGUGUGUGUGUGUCUGAUAGCCAGCAAUAAUUUUAAAGCACUGGAUUUGAUCGUUUGACAAGUGGAAGUUCAUCACUGGUUAACACAGGUGCUGCUAAUGGACCAGUUGAAAACGCUGCUUACAAAGGACCUCCUAAAAGAGCAAAAUAGAGCUUUUAUUUGUUUAUAUCUACAGAGUUUGAGAUACAUAUAUAUAUUUAUGAAAUGUUUCUGUUUGUCUGUCUUCCUGGGAAAUAUUUUUUGUCAGCUCUGGACAUCAAUGAAACCUGAAUUUAAUAAACAAAACCUAGCACAAAA